AUGCCAAACUAUGAGCUGAAAGGCAAUCUAAAAAUGGCUGACGUAGCGGAUCCAGAAGUUGAGAGUAGGCCCCAACGAUUCCCUAAGAAUAUUAUGAUAACUGGAGCUAAUCGUGGAAUUGGAUUCGGACUUGUCAAACAUUUUCUGGAAUAUGAUGGAAUUGAACUUCUUAUUGCCACGUGCAGAAACCCAGAGAAAGCAGAUGAACUGAAUGCAUUGAAAAAUGAUAGAAGACUUCAUGUAAUUGCAUUGAAUGUAGAUGAUGAUGAAUCCAUCAAGAAAGUAUUCGAUGAAGUAUCUUCACUUGUAUCAUCAAAUGGACUUAAUAUGCUUAUCAACAAUGCUGGAAUACUUCUUCCAUAUGAAGUGGAUGGUCCAAAGAUCUGUAGAAAAACGAUGAUGAAACAAUUGGAAACUAAUUCAGUGUCUGUUGCAAUUUUAACUCAAAUAUUCCUUCCAUUGAUCAAGACAGCUGCAUCAGCUGCAGAAGGAGAUGAAGCAAGUAUUGAUCGAGCAUCUAUUAUUAACAUUUCAUCUACAAUGGCAUCAAUUGAAAUGAACAAUGGAUGCUUUGAUGGUCCUAUGACCGCAUACCGAAUGAGUAAAUCUGCUCUGAAUGCAUUUGCGCGUCAAUCAUUCAUGGAACUAUCUAAAUAUCAUAUUCUUGUCACUUCAUUCUGUCCAGGAUGGGUCCGUACUGAUAUGGGAGGUGAUAAUGCUGAUUUGGAUGUCAAUGAAUCAACUAAAACACUUUCUGCAAACAUUCUUCGACUCGAUAAUCGUAACAAUGGGUUGUACUUUGACAGAUUCUUGCAUCCAAUUCCAAACUGA